AUGGCUUCAACCGACUAUAAAUUCGAAGGAUGGCUGGGCCUUGACGCUAGCUCCGUCGAGGGUAAGAUGGUCUGGGGAGAAUUCGAACCCAAAAAGUGGGAAGAAACAGACGUUGAUAUCAAAAUCUCGCAUUGCGGAAUCUGUGGCUCUGAUAUGCACACAUUACACAGUGGUUGGGGUGCCACCCUUUACCCAUGCGUCGUUGGCCACGAGCUAGUGGGUACAGCAGUGCGAGUCGGAUCCAAGGUCACCACUAUCAAGGUCGGAGAUCGCGUGGGUGUCGGUGCCCAGAGUGAAUCCUGUCUUGGCCGUAAGGGCGAUUGCGAGGGUUGCGCCAGCGGCGACGAGAACUACUGCGACCACGCACUUGUCGGAACAUACAACAGCAAAUUCUACAACGGCGACAAAUCGUACGGAGGCUACGCUUUAUAUAACCGCACCAAUGCGCACUUCGCCAUCAAGAUCCCCGACGGUGUCUCUUCUGCUGCUGCGGCGCCUAUGCUCUGUGGUGGUGUUUCCGUUUACAGCCCAUUGAAGUACAACGGCUGUGGACCUGGUAAGCGCGUGGGAGUGAUUGGUGUUGGUGGCCUUGGCCAUUUAGCUAUCUUGUUCGCGAAGGCCAUGGGUGCAGACAAGGUUGUUGGUAUUUCUCGCAGAAACGAUAAACGCGAGGAUGCGCUCAAGCUUGGCGCCGAUCUCUAUAUCGCUACUGAAGACGAGCCUGGUUGGGCUGAGAAGCACGCUCGAUCACUUGAUUUAAUUAUCAACACUGCAUCCUCCACCAAGAUACCAUUUGCUGAGUACUUGGGCCUUUUGCGCACUGGUGGUACCUUUGCGCAGUGUGGUUUGCCUGAAGAUGGUGUUCUCAAUGCCCCAGUCCGCAAAUUGCACCGCCGCCUGAACGUUCAAGGCUCCAUGAUUGGUAGCCCUAAUGACAUUCGAGAGAUGCUCCAGCUUGCAGCUGACAAGAACAUUGAGCCGUGGAUUCAGGAGAUCCCCAUGAAGGAUGCUAACAAGGCAAUUUUGGACUUUGAAGCCGGCAUGCCUCGUUACCGAUUUGUGCUGGUUAAUGAGGAAUACUUGAGCACCCGCGGUGCCGAGUAUGGUCUCGGUUUUGAGGAGGUAGUUCUUAAGGGACUCGCUUCCGAUGGAGGCCUGUUCAUCCCCGAGCAGAUCCCUACUCUGCCUGCUGGAUGGGAGUCAUCCUGGCGCGAUCUGUCUUUCGAGGACCUCGCCUUCGAAAUCAUGUCUCUGUACAUCUCCCAAGACGAAAUUCCCUCCACCGAUCUUAAGGAUAUCAUCAAUCGCUCUUAUGCCACAUUUCGCCACCAGGAUCGCACUCCUCUAGUUGAAUUGGAUUCACAGUCGAAGAUCCACCUCCUCGAACUAUUCCACGGCCCUACACACGCAUUCAAGGAUGUUGCCCUCCAAAAUCUGGGCAAUCUCUUUGAAUACUUCCUUGUUCGCAAGAACAAGGGCAAGACUGGCAAAGAUAGACAUCAUUUGACUGUUGUCGGCGCCACAAGUGGAGACACUGGCUCAGCAGCCAUCUAUGGUCUGCGUGGUAAGAAGGACUGCUCGGUUUUCAUCCUCUUCCCCGAUGGCAAGGUUUCACCUAUCCAGGAGGCCCAGAUGUGCACUGUGCUCGAUGCCAAUGUGCACAACCUCAAGGUUAAGGGCUCCUUCGAUGAUUGCCAGGACAUCGUCAAGGCACUUUUUGCCGACGCCGACCUCAAUUCCACCCACAACAUUGCUGCCGUCAACUCGAUCAACUGGGCUAGAAUUUUGGCUCAGAUCACCUACUACUUCCACUCUUACUUCUCCCUCAUCAAAUCGCCCAGCUAUGCCAAGGAUUCUAAGGUGCGCGUUGUCGUGCCCUCCGGUAACUUUGGUGACAUCCUGGCUGGCUGGUUCGCUAAGCAGAUGGGUCUACCCGCUGACAAGCUGGUUAUCGCCACCAACGAGAACGACAUCUUGGACCGCUUCUUCCGCAGCGGAGGCCAAUACACCAAGAAGGCCCUCAACGAGGAGACCGCCUCAGUGAAAGAAACCCACAGCCCAGCCAUGGACAUUCUGGUCAGCAGCAACUUCGAGCGUCUGCUCUGGUUCCUAGCAUUCCAAACCGACAGCGCCUCAACCAUUGAGGAGCGCCGUAAGCACGCUUGCGAGCACGUCUCCACCUGGUUGAACGACCUGAAGACACAAGGCGGCUUCCAAGUGCCUAGUGCCGUCCUCGAGGCAGCCAAGGCCGAAUUCGAGAGCGAGCGCGUCAGCAACGACGAAACCAUCCAAGAAAUCCGCCACACCUACGAGACCAGCUUCCCCACCAACAUCACCACCGGCAGUGCCAAGGGUAGCAACGGUGGCUACAUCCUCGACCCGCACACUGCCAUUGGUGUGACUGCCUCCCGUCGCUCCGCCGAGCGCAACCCAGGCGUCUACCACGUCACUCUUUCCACAGCCCACCCCGCCAAGUUUGCUAGUGCUGUUGACCUGGCAUUGCGCUCCAAGGACGGCUAUGACUUUACCAGCAUUCUCCCCGAAGACAUCGUUGGCCUCGACAAGCGGGAAAGCAGAGCUACCUCUGUUGGCCAAGGUGUUGGCUGGGAGGGUGUACGUGAGAUUGUGAAAGCUGAAGUUGAGCAGGAGCUUCAGGGCUUGCGGUAG